GUAGAUGCAGCACUAACAUCUUCUCAAAAGCUGAGUUUGUUUUCACAGAAUGUUCUGAUUUUAUAUUCUCAUUUUGUCAAAUCGUUGGAAAUUCUGUCUGUUUUUAAGCGGACUGUUUAGGAUCCUGUUUACUGACAUCACAAUGUUUGUCAAUUCCUCUAUACUCCCUGGGAUAGCCAAGUCCUCCAAGGAUGACCACACGAAGGUGGAUGUUGAGGCCAUCAUGGAAAAUAUCAGCAUUGUCCUCUUCACUCUGACUGUUGUGUUUGGGAUCACAGGGAACUCUUUGGUGAUCUGGGUGGCUGGAUUCAAACUCAAGCCAAAGGUUACCAAUGUGUGGCUGGUGAAUCUGGCCAUAGCCGACCUCGUCUUCAGCGUGACAAGAAUGUUUUCCCUGAUAAAGAAGCUCUUCUACAACUACUGGCCCUUUGGAGUGUUUGUCUGCAAAUUCAACGGCUUCUUUAAAUACGCCAACAUGUUCUGCUCUGUCUUCCUGCUGGCUAUCAUCAGUCUGGACAGAAUGCUUUGCAUCUGGAAGCCUGUCUUUACAAAGCGACGGCGCACCCUGUGUGCUGCCAGGGUGGUGGCACUUUGUGUCUGGAUCUCAGCGGUCCUCUUCAGUAGUCCCUACUUCAUCUACCGCCAAGUAUACAUGAAGAACAACGCGAGCAAAUGUUCCAUGGAGGUGAAAGAGGGGCAGGAGGGGACCAGCUCCAUCAAAUAUUUUCUGUAUUUAAAUCGGUUCCUGUGUGGCUUCAUUUUCCCCUUCAUGGUCAUUCUUAUCUGUUACAUCAUGGCUGGCAUUGGCAUCCGACGCACACGCCUUUCAGGGAAGUCACGGCCCCUGCGUAUAUUGGCAUCCCUGGUCAUAGCCUUCUUCCUGUGCUGGGGUCCCUACCAUUGUCUGUUAAUUGUGAAGAUGGUGGACAAAAAAAAUGCAGUGUUGAAAGUCUGGCAGCCUUUGGCGAAUGGUUUUGCAUAUUUUAACAGCUGCGUGAACCCGCUGUUGUACUUCUUUAUGGGGCUGAAUGUGAGAGGCCAGUUCAGACAGAGUCUGAUGGGAAUUUACAAGAAAGCUUUGGCUGAUGAUGUUGAAGGACAGACGACUCAGUCGAACGAGCGAUCUCUGGACGAAAGCAGUUCAUCAAAAUACAAUGCUGCUGUGGUGGCAGAAAGAACUGAAGUGCUUUAGUUGCCAAGCUUUCGCUUCUACACGAGCCAUGCCAUUUAGAGUGAUACUGAACCAAUGAACUGAAUUAAAAUAAGUCAAUAUGUUAAAUUGUCUUUGUGAAUCUAUGAGAAGAGCGACAGAUUUAUUCCUGGAAUAUGUAUGACCAUGAGUGCAUUACCAUUUUGUAUUGUUAAAUUUUACAAAUCAUUUUAAAAAGCAUAUUUUUUUGUAAGCCAAAUCCAAAAUGUACUCUUUAAUUCGAAUUAAUUAGUAUAUAACAUCAAGAAAACGAAAGAUAUUCUUUGUC